AUGCUAAUACAUGUCCUUUUUCAUCCUGUGACUACAUUUGACUUACUCACUUGUCGUCUGUUCACGUGCACUCAGGUCGCGAGUCUACAACAAUCCAAGGAGGAAAUUCAGGUAAAAUUGACAGAGCUUGAGACUUCUCUAGCCUCGAUGCAGAAGACCGAAGCCUCCGUGAAACGCAGUAUCGCACAGUUGGAGUCGGAGUUGACCCAGGCCGUUUCGAAAGCGCGGUCGUGGCAACGUGAGCUUCGUGCCCUCCGACUACACCGUGUUGAUGAUGAAGAUGACGAGGAAUCCCAAAUGGUGCCUGCUCGUGAAUCUCUGGAGCCCGUUUCCUCGCAGCCAGAUUCAGUUCCAGAUGUCAAAUCCCCAGAUGAUACGCGGCGGAAAUCCACCAAUUUGCCCUCAUAUUCUGAGGAGGAAUUGCAAGGUCUGCAUGUGGAUUCGCAAGAAAUGCGAGGUCUGGAGGAACGUAUUCAGGGUAUGGCUCCCAACAUGGCUGCAAUCGAGGAGUUCCGUCGCAAAGCAGAGACUUACUUGACACGUGUCGGUGAACUAAACCACGUCACUGCUGUGCUCAGCGACCAACGGAAACAGAUGGAGGACGCUAAAACCAAACGUUUGUCAGAGUUCUUGGACGGCUUCCACACCAUCACUGCUAAGCUGAAAGAAAUGUACCAAAUGAUUACGCAAGGUGGUGACGCUGAACUGGAGCUGAUCGAUUCGCUCGAUCCCUUCUCUGAGGGUAUCGUGUUCAGCGUUCGUCCCCCGAAAAAAUCGUGGAAGAACAUUGCAAACUUGUCCGGUGGCGAAAAAACUCUCUCUAGUCUUGCGUUGGUUUUUGCUCUUCAUCACUAUAAACCAACGCCGUUGUAUGUUAUGGAUGAAAUUGAUGCCGCAUUGGACUUCAAAAACGUGUCUAUCGUCGGUACUUACCUGAAGGAGCGAACUAAGAAUGCUCAGUUUGUCGUUAUAUCCUUACGUAACAACAUGUUUGAGCUAGCCGACCGAUUGGUCGGUAUUUACAAGACCCAUAACAUCACCAAGACCAUGAUACUAGAUCAUGGUAUGCUCACCAAUCAAUUGAGAACCAUGGUUGUUCGGGUAGCCGUAAAACACGGACGAGAGGGUGACCUGUUGGAGCAACAGCAACAAGGUGGUAGUGCUCGACUACCUUCUUCGCAGUCUAACUUCUCGCAAUCACGUUUGAUCCAUGGCGCGGCCGCAGAGGGCCACGACUUCGCGCAUCCAAUUGUCAUCCAGGAGUGAUGCGCGCUGCCCCAGGUGGACUUGUCCUCAGGCUAAAUUGUCCAACAUAUCUGUCGACGUAUAUCUCUUCGUUGCAUUGUAUGUUUUUUUGUACAGUCUACUUCCCCUCCACAUUCCUGCUUGCAUUUUUACUCUGUUCAAUGUAUCGUUUCACCAACUUU